UUUGCCUGCCUGUGGGCCAGAAGAGGGAACCAGAUCUUACAGAUGGUUGUGAGCCACCAUGUGGUCGCUGGGAAUUGAACUCAGGACCUUUGGAAGAACAAGCAAUGCUCUUAACCACUGAGCCAUCUCUCCAGUCCCCAAGCCCCAACUUUGGAGUUUUACUCCUCUCCUACCUGGGCCUCCUAUGUCAGUAAGUUUGCAGUGACCAGUGCUGAGCUCACACAUUGGCUCUGGCCCAGAGUCCCUUGUAAUCUCUUACACUUGAUGGCAUCAGCUGAGAGGGAGGGGCAAGAAGGAAGUGGUGUCUACUAGGUGAGUGUCAAAGAAAGGCAGCAACAGCCUGAACACAGAAAGAAAAUGAAACCAAAACCAGAACACCCAGACUGGCCAGCAGUGUCAGCUGUGGAGGUUGGGGAGGAAGAGGUGAUCUUGCAUCUAGAAAGAACAUGCUGAGGAUCUGCGAUUCCAUCCUUGGAUAAGCUGAAGAUGGCAACAUCGAAUAUAAACUGAAGCUGGUGAAUCCAUCCCAGUACCGCUUUGAACACUUGGUGACGCAAAUGAAGUGGCGGCUCCAGGAGGGACGCGGUGAGGCUGUCUACCAGAUUGGUGUAGAGGACAAUGGGCUGCUGGUGGGGCUGGCUGAGGAGGAGAUGCGGGCUUCCCUCAAGACCCUGCACCGGAUGGCAGAGAAGGUUGGGGCAGACAUCACUGUUCUCCGGGAGCGAGAAGUGGAUUAUGAUAGUGACGUGCCCCGGAAGAUCACUGAGGUGCUGGUGCGAAAGGUUCCUGACAAUCAGCAGUUCCUAGAUCUCCGCGUGGCAGUCCUAGGGAAUGUGGACUCGGGGAAGUCGACCUUGCUUGGAGUCUUGACCCAAGGAGAGAUGGACAACGGGCGGGGCCGAGCCCGGCUCAACCUUUUCCGACACCUGCAUGAGAUUCAGUCUGGCCGAACCUCCAGCAUCAGCUUUGAGAUCCUGGGCUUUAACAGCAAGGGAGAGGUGGUGAAUUACAGCGACUCACGGACUGCAGAAGAGAUCUGUGAAAGCAGCUCCAAGAUGAUCACCUUCAUCGACCUGGCGGGCCACCAUAAAUACCUGCACACCACCAUCUUCGGCCUCACCUCCUACUGCCCUGAUUGUGCCCUGCUCCUCGUCAGUGCCAACACUGGAAUCGCCGGCACCACACGGGAACAUCUGGGGCUGGCCUUGGCCCUGAAAGUGCCCUUCUUCAUCGUGGUCAGUAAAGUGGACCUGUGUGCUAAGACCACAGUGGAGAGGACAGUACGCCAGCUGGAACGGGUCCUCAAGCAGCCUGGCUGCCACAAGGUCCCUAUGCUGGUCACCUCUGAGGAUGAUGCUGUCACUGCUGCCCAGCAAUUUGCCCAGUCACCCAAUGUCACGCCUAUAUUCACGCUGUCCAGUGUGUCUGGAGAGAGUCUGGACCUUCUUAAAGUCUUCCUGAAUAUCCUGCCUCCACUCACCAACAGCAAAGAGCAGGAAGAACUUAUGCAGCAGUUGACAGAAUUCCAGGUGGAUGAAAUCUACACCGUCCCAGAGGUGGGGACUGUGGUUGGAGGAACACUGUCCAGUGGGAUCUGCCGUGAGGGUGACCAGCUGGUGGUAGGCCCAACAGAUGAUGGCUGCUUCCUGGAGCUGAGAGUAUGCAGCAUCCAGCGCAAUCGCUCUGCCUGUCGUGUGCUGCGAGCUGGUCAGGCUGCUACACUAGCCCUCGGAGACUUUGACCGUGCACUGCUUCGCAAGGGCAUGGUGAUGGUGAGUCCCGAGAUGAAUCCCACCAUCUGCUCAGUGUUUGAGGCAGAGAUAGUCCUGCUGUUCCAUGCCACCACCUUCCGGCGGGGAUUCCAGGUGACAGUACACGUGGGCAACGUACGUCAAACAGCAGUGGUAGAAAAGAUCCAUGCAAAGGACAAGUUGCGGACAGGGGAGAAAGCAGUAGUACGUUUCCGCUUCCUGAAACACCCAGAAUACCUGAAGGUGGGCGCCAAACUGCUGUUCCGGGAGGGUGUUACCAAGGGCAUCGGUCAUGUCACGGAUGUGCAAGCCAUCACAGCAGGAGAAGCCCAGGCCAGUAUGGGCUUCUGAGUCCUCAGAACAGCUCUACUGCUGUCACUACAAUAAUAAGGUGACUUCCGGCCAUGCUGCCCACCGUCGGCGGCUGUGUGUUCCUAGACUAGGCAGAUUAGUGUCUGCUGCCACUUGCCUCCUGCCACCCUCUGGAGAGGUGUCAAGCUUGGCGUGGUCAGGGAGGGGCAGUCCUGAGGGAGAAGACAAUUCAGGGCAGUUCUCAGCAGCUGUGUGCCCCCUGGUUGGCUCAUUAACCCUGGCAGCUGCAUGACCUUGUCGACUGGACGCCACUCUCAGGACUGGGCAUGACUCACCAGUGUGACCUCUGCACUUCAGGAAUUGUCAUACCUGGGUUGGCCCUUGAAAGUACUUCUUACACCUCCUCUCAGGGCCACGUGAGUUCCCUUCUCCACCUGACUGGAUGAAAGGCAGUGCCCCUCACUGGGACCCAGGGACAGAAGAAAUGGCACAGAGACCAUGAAAGACUGUGUUCCUACCCUGUGUUGAGUCCUGAUGCAUAUUUCUGGCUUUAUUUCAUUGUCCUUUACUCAAGGGCCCUUUGCCCAGAUCCUCCUGUUAUAGGCCCCACUUGGUGCUAUUUGUGAUGCUGGCCUAAGCGUGGGGCUGCCAAGCUAAGACUUGGCACACUGAAGGCCAGCUGCAUGUCAGUUUCUCCUCUCAAGUCAUCUGUUGGUUUUCAUACUAGAUCAAGUAGUCUGUUUCCUUUCCCAGACUGGUAGCUGCAGGACCUUGACCCAGUUAUGUAUCCUGACAUCCUCAUCCCCAUUCCUGCUCCCACAUAAAUUUUUUCUUGUUUUAGUACUCUGUAGUGCCGGGAACCAGGAGGAAAGGGAAGGAUGUCAUUCUAGGCAUGGACUCCCUCCUUUCCCUUUGUUAGCAUCCUGGGUUCCCAUGAACUCAGGGAUUUGUUGGCUGAAGAUUCUCUGCACAUGUGUAUAUAUAUAUGUACAUAUAUUUAAAUACACAUAUAUAUUGUACAGAAUAAAAAUGUUUUAUUGGA